CAUUUUUUAGCACUCUGUGAUCUAUACCCGUUGGAUUAACAAAUUUGUCUCAAGAAUGCUGCUGAUAAGCUUUCUCCUACUUUUGUCAACUUCCCAAAUUCUAUCGGAAUCCCUGUCGGAUGAACUAUCCAUAAGCAUAGGACAAGUUCCCUGGCAGGCUUCUGUUCAAAUAAAUGACAAACAUCAUUGUGGAGGAGCCAUAUACAGUCCGAAUAUAAUCUUGACUAUAGCUCAGUGUGUGAGACAAGCCGACGUGGAUAUCAUAUCAGUACGAGUUGGUUCUUCCCUGAAGAGCUCAGGUGGCCAAUUGGUGAAGGUAAAAAAAGUUAGGAUGCAACUUCUGGGAUUGCGGCCCAGUGAUGUGGCCAUUCUCAAGCUGAGCUCACCAUUGGAAUUGGGCAGCGAGGUUCAAGCCAUCGAACUGUCCCAAGAGCUGCCAAGCCCUGGAACAAAUGCCACGGUUUCUGGUUGGGCACAACCCAAUGCGUUGGUACCCUCAUCGGAAAUAUUAUUGAAGGUAAAUCUUCAGAUCCAGGACCAAUUGAAGUGCACGGCAGAAAAAAUUUUGAAGGGGAGAGUAAUAAAUGUGGACGAGUUGUGUGCUGCCCCCUCGGGAGUCAUACCCCUCGCCUGUGAAGGAUUCGUCGGCGGUCCUUUGGUUUCCAACAAAAAACUAGUGGGACUCGUUUCCUAUAACAACGCCUGUGGUUUCCUCAAUUCGCCUAGUGUAUAUGCAAAUAUUCCCAUACUUCAAGGGUGGAUCAAAACCACUGUUCAGCUUCUGCAGAUUUUUUAACCAGGAUAUGUUGCUAACUAAACUAUUUUUUAACAGAUUAAUGUAAUCACCAAUUAAGCCCUUCCCCUGAAAUAUUUCCAAAAACAACUGCUAACUAAAAAGAAAUCCUUGACAAAAUUGGCUCACAACAAAAAUAACUACACAAAUAUUUAUAUUUGCAAAUUGUUUUCGUUUACCCAUAAAAUGAAUACACGUGCGCACAACUUGUUUUUUGAGGCUACUUGUAUUGCGGAAUUGAAAUUUAAUUCAUUUGCAUUUCAUUCUAUGAUCUGGGGAGUGCGGCUCAGAUGAAUAUUAAUAAUACGACCCAUAAGCCCAAUAAAUGCUCAUGAUUCCUCCCGUU